AGCAGCAUGUUAUUUCUGGUCCAGUUUUCUUUAUAGUUCUAUAAAUUUUUUUCUAUUAUUAUUUCAAAACAUGUACCUUAAUAUUUUGUCUAGUCUCUCUUGUGAAAGCUUGAGCACAAUGUUAAAGAUGAAAUUAAAUAAAAAUCUAAAUUUAAAUAAGAAUAAUAGUUAUAGGAGCUGCCAGCAUCUUUAGCUGAGUAUUAUUUCACAUUAGGGCCACAAACAUUUAGCUUUUCUAAAUAUGGCACUGCGCUGGUUAUGUUCCCUCUGUGCACCUCUGCCCAAGAUGAAAAGAUGUUAUGCCUAAUAAAUAUAUUUUUCGGAAGGGAGAUAGUCACACUCAUAUUUGCAGUUUAGCAGUUACCAGAAAGAAAUAGAUAUACAGAAAAGGAAGAACAUUUGGGAGGAUAGAAACUAGGGCAGAAUGAGACAGGGAAGUAAAAGGAUAGAAAGAUAAGGCAGUGUGCAAAGCAGGUAGUACCGCAAUGAUAAGCAGGGAGCAUGCAAAUGCAGGGUAUUGAUUGGGAGGGAGUGGAGCCUGCAGUUACUAGGGAAGGUGUGAGGGAAGGCUGCUGGGGCUAAAGUGACUGGUACCAAUCUUUAUCGAGUAAGAUUGGGACAGCUCCCAGCAUUAUCUCUAACAGACUUUUUCUCUUCUUUUUUUAAAAGAGGGACUUCCUGGCAAGUAUUAGAGGAAAAGUGUUUUUGUUUAACAUUUGGCCUUGCAUUAAAGGGGCAGUAAACCCCCUAACAUAACAUGAGUUAAAUGUGUCUUCUGUUCAACAUGUAGUUUUCAUGAUUAACGCAAUAGACAAAUGCAUCAUUAUUGUUCUAUCUUGAGCUAAACAGGGGGAUUGGAGCUACUUCAUGUUUGGCCCUUGUAAAGUAGAUUAUUAGAUUUUCACUUUACAGAUAAUCACUCUGCAUAAUAGACAACUGCACACAAACAGUUACAUCAAAAGGGGGGAUGGAGGAGGUUGUAAAAUGACCAAACAUGGAGUAGCUUCAUUUUCCCAGUUUGUUCUGCUUAGUUCAAGUCAUAACAAAAAACAUAGAUUUUACAUGAUUAACAGAGGAAAGCAGUAUGUUCAGCACAAGUCACUGCACUCAUGUUGAAGAAUCGGGUAUACUGUCCCUUUAAGCAACAUAGCGCCACUAAAUUUUCCAUUAUAAUGCUUAUUUGUAUAAAGUAUGUCAGUGAAACUUUUCCCUGUUUACUCCCUCCCUUAUCUUAUCUCCUCACAUGUUAUUUAUAUCUACUAAAAGGAAGUUCAGGUGCAGCUAGAAUUUACCACUCUUGCCUAACACACAAAAAAAAACUACAGGCAGAAAUUGCUGGGCUAUGUGCGCCCAAAUGACUAUAGGGUAAAGACACACAGAGCUACUAGUAGCAGCUACUUGUCACUGUUACAAAAAUAGACAAUGUUGAUCGUUUACUGAUAACUGACUCUACAUGUGUUUUAGCAGAGGCAAUUCUCAGUACUGUUUAUGGCAGGGCACCCUAAUGGUGAUCAAAACCACACAGAUUCCAGUCAGACUUGUUGGUAAAUCCAGUUACCUAAUGAUUAUUAUAUAGACACACAAAGUUUGGCUGCUGUGACUGCUGGGGAAUCUGAUUAAUUGGGAGAUUUAUCCUAAAUGAUCAGAUUGGCUAUUAUUGUGCACCUGGACUCGCCAGUCAUCUCCACUUUUGGCUGUCAGGCAAGUAGCCAGUUUCAAGAUCAAUACUGAUACUAUACACACUUAUUGCAGCUGCAGUCACUACUGGGCCCUCCGUUCUCCUGGAGGCCAUGUCAACCACAGGUUCUGUCGCUAUAUGACAAUGCACUUCGGGGUAGAAAUAUAUCUUAUUUAUAAGUAGGAUUUAACCUUGGAUCUUAGAUUGUAAACUCUACUGGGGCAGGUACUGAUGAAAAUGAUAUAAUCUGUGUAAAGUUCUGCAGAACACAUAACAAUAAUAUAUUGAUUUCUAUGAAAUCCAAAUGGGUGUGGAUUAUUGUGCAGCCAGGACCUUCUGUCGCUACAUAGGCGGAGUUGCAAGGUUAGAGAGGUCAUUCUUGUUGCAGUCUAAGGAAAAUGCGUCACCCAGACAAGCAAUAUUACAGCUCACUCUAAAUAUUUCUCAUGCCCCAUUUUUUGCCAUGUCGGACGACACUUCCAUUCAGGACCCUGGAGGAGAUGGUUCUUCUGAGUGCAUCAUUUGUUUUACCCCAUAUGACUCUCUCUUCCACCUUCCAAAAACACUCUCAUGCAAACAUAUAUUCUGCCUGGAGUGUCUGUCCCGUAUUACUGUGGGUUCAACUCAACCAGAGACUCUGUCCUGCCCUAUCUGCCGCCUUCCCACAUCCCUACCACCCAAAAAGGGCCCUCCAGCACUGUCUACAGACCAAAAUUUGUUGAACAGCAUUAACAAGCCGCCAAACAGUCCAGCCCCAAGUGUAAGAUUCAGCCGUAAACGUGGUCUCUUAUAUGUACAGAAGACUAAUUCUCUCCAUGUCAGCACAAUCAGCCUCAGUGUAGAUCUUGGGCAACCAGCCCCUAGCCCCAGCGCAGCUCGAAAUGUCCGGGCUAUCUUAAGGAAUGGUGGCUGUAUCUUUUAUGGUUCCAUUGGUGCUGCCAUUUUACUGACCGUUGCUUUAGUUUUGGCUGGGGUUUACAUAUUUUAUCUGAUUCCCUGGAAAAUGGCUGGUGUUGGAAUAGGUAAUGCCAAUACAACAAUAGAACCAAGCAACACCACAACCACUGCCACAAUUCCUACACAACGCUAAAGAUAUGAGUUGAAUUGGAUAACCCACCCCCUGGAAAGAAAGACUGCUGAAUUCCCUUGAAGGGUGUUACUGUGUGCAAUAUGGAAACCCAAGAAAACAAACUAGUGUUAAAGUAGACCAGUUGUUUUUUCUUGGCUGGGGUUUUUUUUGGAUGGAAUUUAUCACUCACGCAAAAGGCUUAAAUCAGUUGUUAUAAUAGAAAUUCUUUCUUUAAGCCUAGCACUUUGCUCUGAGACAGCAAUCGUCAGCUGGUUAAAUGAGUCACACUUUACAUUGUUAUGAUAAAUUUAAAAUCAAACAAAAUUUGUCAUUGAAAUUGAUAUUUCAAUUACUUCUCUUGCAUUCUGUUGUUACACUGCACCGGUCCUACAGAGGAAGGCAAAGACCUGAAUAUAACUCUUGCUUAUUUGGAGGAAUUUGCAGAUCUUCCAUGGAUCAAAAUAUUAUAUGAUGCAACUUGAUGUAACCAUGUGUACCUGCUAACCAAGGAUAAGUGAAGUACUAAGGAAUAUGGCACUCUGCUGUGGCAAAGAAUUUCCCAAAAGAUCUCCACUCACAGACAAGAACCCUAGGCUUCAACAGGUCCUGCCUGACACUUUAUACUGUACAAGCCUGUUAUAUACAAGAACCUUUGAAUCCAAACUCCAUUCAUAAUCCAUUUAUUUCUGUGUGUAGAGAAAGUACAGCCCAGGACAACCACAUAUGCAGCCGUAACUGAUCAUGAAGGGGCAAGCUGUGACAAUCCAGGUGCACUGCACAAAACUCUGGGGGAGAAGCUAGCUUCUGACUGGCUAGGCAUGACCGGACAUUUAUUUCAAUUACAAUGUAGUUAAGGAGGGCCAUAGGUUGCCAAUUGCUUUGUUGCACACUUCUUGAUUUGAAAUGAUAAAUAAAAUAAUGUUUAAUUUUUUUAA